AUGUCGGCUGCCGCUAAUUCUGCCACUUCUCCUCUCCCUUCUGCACCUGAUGUAGAAGUAGAUGCAGAACCUGACGAGGAAGUGCCUUUACAUGAUGAUGAGGAUGAGAUUCUAUUCCCUGAACUGGUAGAUAGAGUCAGUCAACAGGCAGUGGAAGAUAAAUAUGCAGAGGAGCCUAGCAGCCGUGCUAGAUUUGAUGACACUGAUGAUGAAGAGAGGGAGGAGAACAUCACCUCAUCGAACCCUCCUCCUCCCCAUCCCCCUCCUCUCGCCGCCACCAACUACUCCCCAUCCCCUCCUCUCGCCGCCACCACCUCCUCCCCAUCCCCCUCUGCCGCCCGCAUCUUCCACCGUGUCCGCGUGGCCGCCUGUGCCCUCCGCGCCUCCGCACCCUCUAGGGUCAAGGCGCCACCACCCGCCGCCGAGGCCGACCACCGCGUCCUGCUCUACUACACCUCCCUCGACGUCAUCCAGGGCACCUACGAGGACUGCCGCGCCGCGCACGCCAUCCCGCAGGGGCUCCGCGCCUCCAUCGACGAGCGCGACCUUGCGAUGGACGCUUGCUACCUCGAGGAGCUCACGACGCUCCUCCCACGUGCCCGCCGGAUCACGCUCCCGUAGGUCUUCGGGGGCCGCCACCUCAGCAGCGCCGAGGAGCUCCAUCACUUGCAUGAGUUGGGCGAGCUCCGACGCGUCGUGGCCGGUGCCACGUCCCUCACUACCUGCGGCCGGUGCGGCGGCGAGCGGUGCGUCCUGUGCGGCAGCUGCGAUAGGCGCCACAAGCGAUACAGCCUCAAGGGCGGCGGUGGGUUCUGCACCUACACAGGCUGCAACGAGAACGGCCUCGUCCAGUCCACAUCAACGGCCCACCAGAAGAAGGCUGUGAAGAUCUUCCCCUGCCCUACCUCUGGACCUCUUCACCCCAUCGUGCAAUGCCAGACCCGCAAGUACAAUAUGAAGGCGAGGGCUGGCAGAGGCUUCACCCUCGAGGAGCUCAAGCCUAUGAAUGAUGCAACAUCAUCAGUUCACACAAUUGGUCUAUACCUGAACAUGGAAUUUUAA